GAAGCAAACUACCUGCCUAACUUACCUGAAGGACAUGAUGAAACAAGUCUAGAAAAUGCCAGAAUGGUUCUAGUGGAAGAAAUGAAGAAAAAACAACCAAAUGGCACUCUCAUUUCACAAAUGAUGGACCAAUCAUUCCCACUACGCAGACAAGAAAUUGUAAAAAAGUUGCCUGCUGUACAGAACAUGGUUGAACGAUGGCCAGCACUCUUCAUAGAGAGACAGGUGUUUGCUGAGUUUAAUAGAAUCGCCAGUAAGAAUCUUGAGGGAGACUUCUUUGAGGCUCUGGACCAGUAUGCCCCACGUUACAUUGAACUUUUCAAAACAAAAAAGGGAACUAUUGGCCAGAAACUCAGGGAGCUGAUGCAGCACAUGAGCUGGAUGACACCAGACGUCACAGUACUUCGCUCUGUUGUCCUCAAAGGCAUUCCCAUUUUACUCGGUGAUGACUCCAGUGAAUUCUACAAGACCUGCUCUGAUACAGAGAGAGACGAGGCCCUAGAAUGCAUCACUGUUGGUGUGCUGACAGUUGUCAGUGAAGAUGGUCCUCACGAGGGUCAAAGCUCAGUGGACCUCCAGCCCAUCUCCACUGCCAUCAUUCUGGAGGGAGGUAUUGUCAUGGAUCAUAUUAAAAACUUGCCUCAGGCAGUUUGUCUUUUGUUUGGUCUUACAUAUGCAUUGCAUUUGGAUUACCCAAAAUGCAUGGCAAAUACACUCAACUUCAUUCAGACUGUGAUGCUUGGACUGGGAAAGAAAAACCUCCCACCAAAACUGUUAACUCUGAAGAACAGUCUUCUGGGUUAGAACAGUAAAGCAGCCAUUAAUGUUCUCUUAUCAGAGAAAUUUGAUGCUUUCAUGGAACUGUUCUCGCUUAUUUACGUUCUCAAUGGAAAAAAAGAAUAUUCCAUUAAAGUCUACCAUGUUAUGCAGGUAUGCUAAUGGUGGAAAUAGUGCCACGUUGUGUUGCAAUGAGUUGUUAGUUGUUAUUAGAUGAUAAUGUCAGAA